GUAGAUGGCAGCGGUGGCAGCGGCGCGGGCCCGGGAGACCAGGCGGAUGCCGCCAUGCAGCACUACGGGGUGAAUGGCUACUCCCUGCACGCCAUGAAUUCACUCAGCGCCAUGUACAACCUGCACCAGCAGGCGGCCCAGCAGGCCCAGCACGCCCCUGACUACCGGCCAUCGGUGCAUGCGCUUACACUGGCCGAGCGCCUGGCUGACAUCAUCUUGGAAGCCCGCUAUGGCUCCCAACACCGCAAACAGCGUCGCAGCCGCACGGCAUUCACAGCCCAGCAGCUCGAGGCCCUGGAAAAAACUUUUCAGAAGACUCACUACCCAGAUGUGGUGAUGCGCGAGAGGCUGGCCAUGUGCACAAAUCUGCCUGAGGCCCGGGUGCAGGUGUGGUUCAAGAACCGCAGGGCCAAGUUCCGGAAGAAGCAGCGCAGCCUGCAGAAAGAACAGCUCCAGAAGCAGAAGGAGACUGAAGGCCCCCAGGAGGAAGGCAACGUCGAGCCCCCAAUCCCCGACACUCAGCUGGAGGCAGACCAGGCCCCCAGUCUGCCCAGUGCUGAUGCCUCUGCCGAUCUUCACCUGAGCCUGUCGGAGCAAUCGGCUAGUGAGUCAGCCCCCGAGGACCAGCUGGACCGUGAGGAGGACCCCCGGGCUGGGGCUGAGGAUCCCAAAGCUGAGAAGAGCUCUGGGGCUGACAGCAAGGGCCUGGGCUGCAAGAGGGGCAGCCCCAAGGCAGAUUCCCCGGGCAGCCUGGCCAUCGCUUCUGCUGCCCCGGGGGGCGGCCUCCUGGGUCCCUCCCACUCCUACUCCUCGUCCCCGCUGAGCCUCUUCCGUCUGCAGGAGCAGUUUCGCCAGCACAUGGCGGCCACCAACAACCUGGUUCACUACUCGUCCUUUGAAGUGGGAGGCCCGGCCCCCGCUGCGGCUGCCGUGCCCUACCUGGGUGUCAACGUGGCCCCCCUGGGCUCCCUGCACUGCCAGUCUUACUACCAGUCCCUGUCCGCGGCCGCCGCUGCCCACCAGGGCGUGUGGGGGUCCCCGCUGCUGCCUGCGCCCCCUGCAGGCCUGGCGCCGGCCUCCGCUGCCCUGAACAGUAAAACCACCAGCAUCGAGAACCUGCGGCUCCGGGCCAAGCAGCACGCAGCCUCCCUGGGACUCGAUACGCUGCCCAACUGACUGUGUUCAGGCCAGCCACGGGGCGUGGGUGACCCCCUCCCGGCCCCAUGGUUUUCCCCAGAAGGCUCGAGGAGGUCGUUUUAGGAGCCCAGGAAUCCGGGGGCCUGAGUCUUCUCCCCUCUCUUCCUCAGAGCCACAGCCCCAGGUGAAACCUAUGCACCCUCUGCAUGGCCCUGCUUGGACCCCAUGGGGGCAGAAUGGGGAGGAGGUGAGGGGCAGGCUAGCCCCUCCUCAGUGUCGCCUCCUCCCUGCCCCCUUCAGCCCCUCGUAAGUUGAUGUGUGGAAUGUGAGAUAUAAAUAUAAAUAUAUAAAGCUCUAUUUUCAGGCGCUGCCUGCCCCAGGCCCCUACGCUGCUCCUGCUGCUUCUGCCCGCCAUCCUCGCUCCCCCUGCGGCAUCUGCAGCCCCCUCCAGCCCUCCCAUCUCUGUUCGCCUUCCUCUCCCUCCCUCCGGGUCCCGGGCCCCCUCUGCCUUCCCCACCUGGAUCUCUCUCCGGGUCUCUUCCUGCUGUCCCUUUGGUGCUGGCUGUGUUGGUGUCAUCAGUUCCUCAGCUGUAUUUUGUUCGGGGUUGUGGUUUUUUGGUUUUAGUAAUUUUGCUUCUUCCUGUUUCUCUCCUCCCUCCUGGCUUCUCCCCUGCCUGCCUGCUUCCUCCCUUCGCCUGCAUUCUCCUUAGGGUGCCGGGCCCAGAAGACCCUGUGGCAGCAGGCGGGAGGUGGUCCUGUCCCCCGCUCCUACCCUCCCCAGCCUUGACAUCUGGAAGGGGGCGUGAGCCACUUUCUGUUCUUUCCUCAGUUUGGAGGCCCAGUUUUCCCAGCCCAAGGAGGAGGGCGUGGAGGCCAGAGUGGGCAGUGAGAUGGCCGGCGCCCCUGCACAUACUUCCUCCAAAGCCAGUGUCCCCCAGGUCUGACCAGGGCUCUAACACCCGCUUCCGUAAGAUCUCCCUGGUUGUAGGGAGGCAGUAGGGGAGAGGUACUGUCAGAGAGAACCGGGCUGGUGCUCCCCUCUCAGUCACAGCCUUCAAGUUCAGCAGUUUCUGUUCUUCCUCGGAGUGUGUCUGAGCCAGGAAUGCAGGCUGAACUCAGGAUUCUGAUCACAGUGAGUGCAUACCACACGGCAAUGUGUACUUUCAGGCUUCUCUUCACAGACCAGCAGUGGAAAUAUUGAGCUGGUCACCGGCACAGAAAGGCGUGUUCCUGUUGUGGCCAGCAGCCUGGCUCGGCAGAUCCCCUUUUGCAGAGGUGUGACCUUGGACAAGCCCAAAGCUCCUCCUCUGGGACCAUGUCCCCAGCUCAUUAGAUGGCCUAUAAGAUCUUGUCCAAUAUUCUGCAUUCUGUGCUUACAGCCUCAAAGGACAGGAGUUUUUAAUUAAAUCUAACAACAACUGCAACAGAAUGCUCUGAAUAUAUAAAUUGGAGAAUUGCUGUUGACUUGCUGUGGAGCAGUGAGUACUGUACGCAGGAACCCGUCUGUUGACACUGUUUCCCAGUGGAAACAGUGGAAUGGUUCCUUUCUAGUGCAGAUGAUACCGGGCGCGUUCAGGGUGGUACGGCCGUAGACUUUAGUUCAGACAAUCUGGGUUUAUCCUGCUUUGCUUGAGUCCCAGUGCCAGCCUCUGGGGUCACCCCAUUUCCAUGUCCAUGGUCAAGGGGGAAGGGAAUGGCUUGGACAGACUCCUGGUCAUCACCCCCAGCUCUGUGGCUCACCACUGGGCUUCCCACCCUCUGCUUAGAGAAGCUGAACGCCAGGGUCACUGUUCCUAAGGUUUGUCUUUCUCCCAUGGGCGCCCUGGUAGGAUUGGCUUGCAGGGCUGUCACGUCCAUCAUCUUUUGGAGGCCAUUCUGGGGGGAGCAGAUGGAAAAAGCUUUGGACAGGAAAAAGUGAGGAGGGUGGAGGUGUGGGCCAGGAAAACCAUUUGAACAAAGCAGGGGGAGUGAGACUAAGUGGACCGUGGGGUUGAGGGGCCUGGAAUCCAGGCUAAUGAGCCCACCUCCUUGUGGCAAGUACUCGCAAGGGUUUUUGAAUUGGGUGUCUUGCUGAGAUCUAGAAUUGGGAAGGUGAAUUCAAAGCCAUGGGAGCAUCAGAGGAGGAGAGACCUAGGCAGGGGGAUGGGAGGGUGGCCAAGGCUAUGGGAGACACAGAAGGCGUUUUAUGUUUGGAACCAGUUCUGUGGCCCAUGGCCCAUUGACUGUCCUUUGUGGUCAGCUCCAGGGAAUUCUGUUUCCAAAACAAAAAAAUCUCAUGUGGACCAGGCACGGUGUGGAAGCUUCCUGUCUGUCCAUGGAUGCAAAUGACUGUUGCUUGGCCUUGGACUCCAACAGCCCUAAACACCAUCACCUCCUGAUCACCUGAGGGGCAAGUCCACCUGUUGCAGUGUCCUAUCACGGCAACAGCCAGGCCCCUCUUAGGCGCAUCCUGUCUCCCUCAGAUCCUUGUCAACACUUCUGUCACUCACCGAUCCAAACCUACCAGCCCAGAGAAGGCAGGGAAGGUACAUGAGGUUCUGGCCUUUGGGGAGUCUCAAGUGAGUUUAGAGUGCCAUCCCGAAAGCAGAUGGAGAUAAAAGGAGGGUGGCCUUGUAGGAGGUAACAAUGGGGGUCCUUGACAUGAGGAAUCAGAGGACAUGAGCUUGUGUGGACCCUCACCCGCCAUCCACGGACCCCGGAGCCUCUCCCAGGCCUGCCGGGCCACCUUGAGGGCCAAGAGCCUGAGGCUAAAGCCCCAACUCUCCCUUCCAGGAAGCCUCAUGCCACUCUGCUCCCUUCUACUUGAAGUCUGCUCUUUCCUGCUUCCCUGCUCUCCCGGAGUGUGCUCCAGGGGGCUGGGGCCCCUCCUCGACUCUGAAGGCUGGUGUUCUGUACAGACCGCUUUCCAAACCAGCCGCUUUGUGACCCUUUGUGGUUAGAGGAUGUGCCAGCCUGUGGCAAAACACUGUGUACUGUAUUUAUUUAUUCUGUUAGCUGAAGAAACAAAACUCAAACCAUCCUCUUCCCCUUGUCCUGCCCCCUGCGUAGUGCAGCAUGAUAUUCUGUCCCUUGUAUCUGUCCGUUUGUCUGUCUUACUUCCUGUGAUGUUGUGACCUGUUCUUUGUCCUACUUGGCUAAUAAAAGAGAACCUGGU